AUGAUACCAAGUUAUGAUCCAAACGAUACAGAGGCUGGUCUCAAGCUUCUUGAGGAUCUAACCACAAAUGCUGAUGCAAUUCAACAACAAGUUCUCCACCAAAUACUCUCUCAAAACUCAGAAACCGAAUAUCUCAGGUCGUUUCUUGACGAAGAAUCUUGCAAUAUUCAAGAAAAUUUCAAGAACAAAGCCCCUGUGGUAAAUUACGAAGACAUAAAGCCCUUCAUCCAACGAAUAUCUGAUGGCGACUCAUCCGAUAUCCUCUCUGCUCAACCCAUCACUGAGCUUCUCACAAGCUCGGGGACUUCGGGUGGAAAACCAAAAUUGAUGCCUUCAACAGCUGAAGAGUUGGAUAGAAAGACAUUUUUCUACAACAUGCUUGUGCCCGUCAUGAAUAAGUAUGUGAAUGGGCUUGAUGAAGGAAAAGGAAUGUACCUUCUGUUCAUAAAACCAGAAAUCAAGACUCCUUGUGGUCUACAGGCACGUCCUGUGUUGACCAGUUACUACAAAAGUGAGCAAUUCAAGAACAGGCCUUUCAACAAGUACAACGUCAUCACUAGUCCUAAUGAUGCCAUUCUUUGUGAAGACAGCAAGCAAAGCAUGUACUGUCAGCUUCUUUGCGGUUUAGUCCAGCGAUCUCAUGUCCUAAGACUCGGUGCUAUCUUCGCGUCUGCCUUUCUUCGUGCGGUCAAGUUCUUGGAAAAUCAUUUCACUGAGCUGUGUGCUGACAUUAGAACCGGUACUGUGGCUAGCUGGAUCACUGACUCUGGCUGUAGAGACUCGGUUUUGUCUAUCCUUAACGGUCCUAACCAAGAACUGGCUGAUGAGAUCGAGACUUUGUUCAAUGCGAAGUCGUGGGAAGGAAUCUUGAAGAGGGUUUGGCCUAAGACGAAGUACAUUGAGGUGAUUGUGACUGGAUCGAUGGCUCAGUAUAUUCCGACACUAGAGUUUUAUAGCGGUGGUUUGCCUUUGGUUUCGGUUAUGUAUGCUUCCUCUGAGUGUUUCUUUGGUCUCAACAUUAAUCCUCUGUGUAAGCCAUCCGAUGUUUCUUAUACACUUCUUCCUAACAUGGCUUACUUUGAGUUCUUGCCUGUUGAUGAUAAGUCUCAUGAAGAGACUCAACUUGAAUCGCGUUCUAGGGAUGAUGUUGCCCGUAUGGACAAAGAUCGUCUUGUCGAUCUUGUUAAUGUGGAAAUAGGACAGUACUAUGAACUCAUCAUCACCACAUUUGCAGGUUUAUACAGAUACAGAGUGGGAGAUAUCCUAAAGGUGACCAGUUUCCACAACAAGGCACCCCAAUUCAGUUUCGUGGAGAGAAGAAACGUUGUGUUAAGCAUCGACACAGACAAAACUAGCGAAGAUGAUCUCAUGAAGGCAGUGACACAAGCCAAACUCAACCAUCUCCAAGGUCUCUUGCUCACCGAGUACACUAGCUACGCGGACACGUCAUCGAUCCCAGGGCAUUACGUGCUCUUCUGGGAGCUGAAAUCACGUUACGACAAUGACCCACCAAAGCUAGACGAGAAGAUGAUGGAGGAUUGUUGCUCUGAAGUGGAGGAUUGUCUGGAUUACGUGUACAGGAGGUGCAGGAACAAAGAUAAAUCAAUAGGGCCAUUGGAGAUAAGAGUGGUGAGUUUGGGUACUUUUGAUGCCUUAAUGGACUUUAGCAUCUCCCAAGGAUCUUCAGUGAAUCAGUACAAGACACCAAGAUGUGUUAAAUCUGGAGGAGCUCUUCAGAUUCUUGAUUCCAGAGUUACUGGGAGGUUCUUUAGCAAGAGAGUUCCUCAGUGGGAGACACUUUGUUUAGGCUCUUAG